AUGAUGGCAACCAGCGUGCACACCGGCACAAAGAUGACGUUGGGGAUUAGAUGCACCUUGAACUUCUUGACCUGCGGGAUGCUCUCGCCGCUCUUCUUGGCGAUGAUGGCUGCCGCUGGCGCAGCCAGGCCGGCCAUGAUGAAGAGGCUGUCGUCAACUUUGGCCUCGUGGACGUUUUCCUGCAUAUACUCGAUGAACAUCUUCCUCCUUCCGGGCUCGUCCGCCACUGCCCAUUUUUUAUGGAAUGCCUGCAAUAUGCGCAUGUACCAUGUUCAGUUGAGUUUUUGGACCAUAUGUAACAGUCAAUUGCCAGAUGUCCAUAAAUAUUUACACCGAAUCGGGUUUACCUCUAGAUCACCACGGUCCGGAGUAUCAAAAUCUUGGCCAGGCAACACAGUGUUGAAAUACCUAAAGCAUUUUCAGAUGAAGACAGGCAUAAAAGGUUGGGCACAAGAAGUGCAAGCAACAUAA